UCCUUCACCCUCGCUUUAUAUAUAAUCUCUCAACUAUUGCAUCUCAUCUGCUUCAACUCCGUCUCAUCCUCCACUCCUUUCCCUUUCCCUUUCCUUUCUCCAAUCACAAAGCAGCAGCAUCUUCCUACGCUGCUGUAGCUAUAGACACUUGUAGGACUCACAAGAUCGGAUCCAAGAUGAGCCGGUUCGCUAUGCAUCCCAACUCCGAGCGCCCCAUCUUUUGCCCCAAACCUCGCCGGCUCUCCCAACUCUCCAUCCCCGCAGCUACCGACCUCGACGGAUGCCGCCUCCGACCGACGCCGUUCGACACCAUAGCCGGCGCUGAGCUCCUUGAUAUUUUCCUCUCUAAGGGAGGUGAGCAAAACAACGCGACACCCUCAUCGCCGCCGUUCUUUACCGGAUCCCCGCCGAGUAGAUCCGCUAACCCGUUAAUACACGACGCCCGUUUCCGCGAACCCAAACUGGGUCCGAUCCAAACUAACCCGGCUGGUUCACCUAUGUCUCCAACCCGAAAGGGUUGCGCCCCGACCAAGUAUGGGUUCAAACCGGCUCCGGUCCGCAUCGAGGGUUUUGAUUGCCUCGAGCGCCGUGACCGCCCAUCCCGAAGCAUCACAGCCGUUGCUUGAAACCAAGCGAUCUCCACCGUACAUAGAUAACCAGAUCAAGAGGCGAAAGAGAUUGUUAUAAAUUAACAGCCACCAACCAUUAUGUGAAUAUAAUUUGUCUUGAUGGAGGGUCUUUUUUUUUGUAAUUAAGUUCGCUAUGUAUGUAGAUAUUUUUGUCAUUAAAUAAUUGGGGGGGAAAACCGGGAGGGACCUUCUUUCUUUAUUUUUAUUUUAUUUUAUUUUCUUUUCCAGAAUUUAAAUUUCUGCGCGGAAUUUGUAAAAAAAAGGAAUAUAGGGAAAGGUCUACUUUUGAGUCCGAUGAAUGUAUGAUGUAUAUAUAUAUAUAUAUUUCAUUUUGGAUUU